AUGAAGGUAUUGCGUCUCAACAGCAACAUGGUGGGCAAGAUCUGGAUCCCUGACACCUUCUUCCGCAACUCCAAAAAGGCCGACGCCCACUGGAUCACCACACCCAAUCGUAUGCUCCGGAUCUGGAACGACGGACGGAUACUUUACACACUGCGGUGAGAUGUUGUCCAAUGAAGAAGCACCGCUGGGUGACUCUGACACAAAUGAGGAAACAGAGACGGUUUCCAGUUGACUGUAUUUGACAGGCAGUAGUUGAUUGAGCUUGACGGAUUGCGCUUCGGACCACAUGAAUCAUCCUAAUUUGGUGCCUCUGGUUAAGAAAGAAGAGUAGCUUCAGCCUGGCUAGCUAGCUAACUCUCCCUCACACUGUCUAUUGAGAAGAUUAACUUUGGUGGACUGGACUCCUCAACCCAGCAGUGAUUGAUGUUCUCCCAGAAUGCAACCACAGUUCAUUAAUUCAUUAGGGAACUCCAACCUCACCAAUGGCUAAUUAUAAUGUCCUAAUGCUGAAUAGAAUGACACAUAAGAAAAGGAAGCGCAUGGAUGGGUAAUGCCAGUAUUGCCCAUUUUGUCAAUAGGAAGGUUUAAUGAGUUUCACUUUUAAGUCCACUGAACAGUAGAAAUCAGACAGGAGAGUUACAUAACAUAAUAUGUUAGAUGUUUUGUUGACAACCUGACCAGCACAGCAGAUGUAAACUGUGUUUUUAUGUUUGUAGGUUGACUAUUGAUGCCGAGUGCCAGCUUAAACUGAACAACUUCCCAAUGGAUGAGCACUCCUGUCCGCUGGAGUUUUCGAGCUGUAAGUCUGCUCUCUGCUACACCACCGUCGCUCUCACUCUUGUCUCUCUCGCUCACACACACACUCUCUCUCUCUCUCUCUCUCUCUCUCUCUCUCCCCAUGGCCUCCACAUGCCUGCUUCCAACAGCAGCGGCAGCCAAGAACAAGCACUAUACUAUGAAGACAUCAGCACAGUGCACAACAUGCUGCUGUGUUUUUAGCCCUUUUCUAUUGUGAGAGAGGGAAAAGGGAGAGAGAAAGCAGUAAGAGAGGGGAGAAGCAAUACAAUGAAAGGGGGAGUAUAACAUUAACCUCCAAACCGUAGCAGUUGAGAUCAGGUACUGUAACCAGGCAGACGGGGUUGGUGAGAGAGACCAAUACAGUAAUCAGGCAGACAGGGUUGGUGAGAGAGACCAGUACAGUAACCAGACAGACAGGGUUGGUGAGAUAGACCAGUACAGUAACCAGACAGGGUUGGUGAGAGAGACCAGUACAUUAACCAGACAGGGUUGGUGAGAGAGACCAGUACAGUAACCAGACAGACAGGGUUGGUGAGAUAGACCAGUACAGUAACCAGACAGGGUUGGUGAGAGAGACCAGUACAGUAACCAGACAGACAGGGUUGGUGAGAGAGACUAGUACAUUAACCAGACAGGGUUGGUGAGAGAGACCAGUACAGUAACCAGCAGACAGGGUUGGUGAGAGAGACCAGUACAGUAACCAGACAGGGUUGGUGAGAGAGACCAGUACAGUAACCAGGCAGGGUUGGUGAGAGAGACUAGUACAGAGAGACCACAGCCCACAGCCAGAGAAAUCAGUGUUCCGCAUGGGGAGCUGAUGGGGAGGGGUUUAUGGUAAUGAUCCUGUUAGGGAGCUACGAUGACCAUGUGACGGAGAGAGAGAGAGAGGUUCCUAAAUAGGUCUAGAGCAACAACAAAAUAAAAAUGGGAGUUGUAGCCCUAAAAUCAGAACAGAAAAAACAUUUUAAAUGUAUGAAAGCCAGCGGCUGAAAUUAGUUUGAAGUGCAUGAGCUUCCCUCAGUUGCAGCACACGUUGCAGCAUAUUUUUUCACCACACGCUGAGAAAGAGUACCACACGACAGUUUCAGUGCAACCAUUUUGUAUGGUUCUAAUUGCUUCACACCCUCCCUGACAAAAGAGAUUUGAGCCAGUAAUGUUUCCUGAAAGCACAGCCAUGGAAGGAUCUCUGGAAGGAAUGGCCUUAACACUAGAAACCCUGGGCCUCCAUUGACCCCCCUUCAAGCUACAUUUACAUUUACGUCAUUUAGCAGACGCUCUUAUCCAGAGCGACUUACAAAUUGGUGCAUUCUUUUUUUUCUUUUUCUUUUUUUGGGGGGGGUGGGGUGGGGUAAGGGGGGGAUUACUUUAUCCUAUCCCAGGUGUUCCUUAAAGAGGUGGGGUUUCAAAUGUUUCCGGAAGGUGGUGAGUGACUCCGCUGUCCUGGCGUUGUGAGGGAGCUUGUUCCACCAUUGGGGUGCCAGAGCAGCGAACAUAAAAAUUAUAAUUUGGUUGUGUUUAUGAAGGCCUUGGGUAACAUAAGAAUACAAUUUGUAUUUUAGAAAAAAUAUAUAUAUAGCAUUUUCAUUAGUUUAUGUUACUGUAGGCUACAGUGGCUUGUGAAAGUAUUCACCCCCCUUGGCAUUUUUCCUAUUUUGUUGCUUUACAACCUGGAAUUAAAAUAGAUUUUUUUGGUGUUUGUAUCAUUUGAUUUAUACAACAUGCCUACCACUUUGAAGAUGCUAAAUAUUUUUUAUUGUGAAACAAACAUGAACUAAGACAAAAAACAGAAAACUUGAGCGUUCAUAACUAUUCCCCCCCCCCCAAAGUCAAUACUAUGUACCGCAACCUUUUGCAGCAAUUACAGCUUCAAGUCUCUUGGGGUAUGUCUCUAGAAGCUUGGCACAUCUAGCCACUGGGAUUUUUGCCCAUUCUUCAAGGCAAAACUGCUCCAGCUCCUUCAAGUUGGAUGGGUUCCACUGGUGUACAGCAAUCUUUAAGUCAUACCACAGAUUCUCAAUUGGAUUGAGGUCUGGGCUUUGACUAGGCCAUUCCAAGACAUUUAAAUAUUUCCCCUUAAACCACUUGAGUGUUGCUUUAGCAGUAUGCUUAGGGUCAUUGUCCUGCUGGAAGGUGAACCUCUGUCCCAGUCUCAAAUCUCUGGAAGACUGAAACAGGUUUCCCUUAAGAAUUUCACUGUAUUUUGCGCCAUCCAUCAUUCCUUCAAUUCUGACCAGUUUCCCAGUCCCUGCUGAUGAAAAACAUCCCCACAGCAUGAUGCUGCCACCACCAUGCUUCACUGUGGGGAUGGUGUUCUCGGGGUGAUGAGAGGUGUUGGGUUUGCGGCAGACAUAGCGUUUUCCUUGAUGGCCAAAAAGCUCAAUUGUAGUCUCAUCUGACCAGAGUACCUUCUACCAUAUGUUUGGGGAGUCUCCCACAUGCCUUUUGGCGAACACCAAACGUGUUUGCUUAUUUUUUUCUUUAAGCAAUGGCUUUUUUCUGGCCACUCUUCUGUAAAGCCCAGCUCUGUGGCGUGUACGGCUUAAAGUGGUCCUAUGGACAGAUACUCCAAUCUCCGAUGUGGAACUUUGCAGCUCCUUCAGGGUGAUCUUUGGUCUCUUUGUUGCCUCUCUGAUUAAUGCCCUCCUUGCCUGGUCCGUGAGUUUUGAUGGGCGGCCCUCUCUUGGCAGGUUUGUUGUGGUGCCAUAUUCUUUCCAUUUUUUUGUAAUGGAUUUAAUGGUGCUCCGUGGGAUGUUCAAAGUUUGUGAUAUUUUUUUUAUAACCCAACCCUGAUCUGUACUUCUCUACAACUUUGUCCCUGACCUGUUUGGAGAGCUCCUUGGUCUUCACGGUGCCGCUUGCUUGGUGGUGCCUCUUGCUUAGUUGAGUUGCAGACUCUGGGGCCUUUCAGAACAUGUGUAUAUAUACUGAGAUCAUGUGACACUUAGAUUGCACAGAAGUGGACUUUAUUUAACUAAUUAUGUGACUUCUGAAGGUAAUUGGUUGACCAGGUCUUAUUUAGGGGCUUCAUAGCAAAGGGGGUGAAUACAUAUGCACGCACCACUUUUCCGUAAUUUUUUUUCCAUUAUUAAAAGUUAUUCUUUUAAUUUCACUUCACCAAUUUGGACUGUUUUCUGUAUGUCCAUUACAUGAAAUCCAAAUAAAAAUCCAUUUAAAUUACAGGUUGUAAUAAAACAAAAAAAAACAAAAAAAUGAAAAACGCCAAGGGGGAUGAAUACUUUUUCAAGGCACUUGAAGUCAGAAGUUUACAUACACUUAGGUUGGAGUCAUUAAAACUCGUUUUUCAACCACUCCACAAAUUUCUUGUUAACAAACCAUAGUUUUGGCAUGUCGGUUAGGACAUCUACUUUGUGCAUGACACAAGUAAUUUUUCCAACAAUUGUUACAGACAGAUUAUUUCACUUAUAAUUCACUGUAUCACAAUUCCACUGGGUCAGAAGUUUACAUACUAAGUUGACUUUGCCUUUAAACAGCUUGGAAAAUUCCAGAAAAUGAUGUCAAGGCUUUAGAAGCUUCUGAUAGGCUAAUUGACAUCAUUUGAGUCAAUUGGAGGUGUACCUGUGGAUGUCAUUCAAGGCCUACCUUCAAACUCAGUGCUUAUUUGCUUAACAUCAUGGGAAAAUCAAAAGAAAUCAGCCAAGACCUCAGAAAAGAAAAUGUAGACCUCCACAACUCUGGUUCAUCCUUGGGAGCAAUUUCCAAACGCCUGAAGGUACCACGUUCAUCUGUACAAACAAUAGUACGCAAGUAUAAACACCAUGGGACCACGCAGCCAUCAUACCGCUCAGGAAGGAGACGAGUUCUGUCUCCUAGAGAUGAACGUACUUUGGUGCGAAAAGUGCAAAUCAAUCCCAGAACAACAGCAAAGGACCUUGUGAAGAUGCUGGAGGAAAACAGGUACAAAAGUAUCUAUAUCCACAGUAAAAACGAGUCCUAGAUCGACAUAACCUGAAAGGCCGCUCAGCAAGGAAGAAGCCACUGCUCCAAAACCGCCAUAAAAAAGCCAGACUACGGUUUGCAACUGCACAUGGGGACAAAGAUCGUACUUUUUGGAGAAAUGUCCUCUGGUCUGAUGAAACAAAAAUAGAAAUGUUUGGCCAUAAUGACCAUGGUUAUGUUUGGAGGAAAAGGGGAAGGCUUGCAAGCCGACGAAUACCAUCCCAACCAUGAAGCACAGGGGUGGCAGCAUCAUGCUGUGGGGGUGCUUUGCUGCAGGAGGGACUGGUGCACUUCACAAAAUAGAUGGCAUCAUGAGGAAGGAAAAUUAUGUGGAUAUAUUGAAGCAACAUCUCAAGACAUCAGUCAGGAAGUUAAAGCUUGGUCGCAAAUGGGUCUUCCAAAUGGACAAUGACCCCAAGCAUACUUCCAAAGUUGUGGCAAAAUGGCUAAAGGACAACAAAAUCAAGGUAUUGGAGUGGCCAUCACAAAUCCCUGACCUCAAUCCUAUAGAAAAUGUGUGGGCAGAACUGAAAAGGCGUGUGCGAGCAAGGAGGCCUACAAACCUGACUCAGUUAUACCAGCUCUGUCAGGAGGAAUGGGCCAAAAUUCACCCAACUUAUUGUGGGAAGCUUGUGGAAGGCUACUCGAAACGCUUGACCCAAGUUAAACAAUUUAAAGGCAAUGCUACCAAAUACUAAUUGAGUGUAUGUAAACUUCUGACCCACUGAGAAUGUGAUGAAAGAAAUAAAAGCUGAACUAAAUCAUUCUCUCUGCUAUUAUUCUGACAUUUCACAUUCUUAAAAUAUAGUGGUGAUCCUAACUGACCUAAAACAGGGCAUUUUUUACUGGGAUUAAAUGUCAGGAAUUGUGAAAAACUGAGUUUAAUGUAUUUGGCUAAGGUGUAUGUAAACUUCCGACUUCAACUGUAUAUGUAAAAACUAAAAAACUAAACUUCCGGUGUUCAAUAAAUAUUAUUCGUGGAAUGCCUUUGUUACAACUAUCAAACAGAAAAUAUAUGCGUAUGAACAUGGUAACAGCUUCUUUUUAUAACUACAAAAUAAAAUAUAAAAUACCCCAACCUCCAAGACACACAGUCAAAAGACACGUGGUCAAAUGAUGAAAACAUCAGUAGCCUAAACAUCAUUAUAAGCCCCAAGUGGCCUUGAUGAAUAGUGAAACUCGGCACAAAAUCAAUAAAGGCAUUUAGAAUGAAUGUGCCUUCGGAAAGUAUUCAGACCCCUUGACUUUUUCCACAUUUUGUUACGUUACAGCCUUAUUCUAAAAUGGAUUUUUUUUUUUAUGUUCCUCGUCAAUCUACACACAAUACCCAUAAUGACAAAGCCAAAACAGGUUUUUAGAAAUUUUAGCAAAUGUAUUAAAAAUAAAGAACUGAAAUAUCACAUUUACAUAAGUAUUCAGACCCUUUACUUAGUACUGUCAGGUUGGAUGGGGAGCUUCGCUGCACAGCUAUUGUCAGGUCUCUCCAGAGAUGUUAGAUUGGGUUCAAGUCUGGGCUCUGGCUGGGCCACUCAAGGACAUUCAGAGACUUGUCCCGAAGCCACUCCUGCGUAGUAGGCUGUGUGCUUAGGGUCGUUGUCCUGUUGGAAGGUGAACCUUCACCCCAGUCUGAGGUCCUGAGCGCUCUGGAGCAGGUUUGCAUCAAGGAUCUCUCUGUACUUUUCUCCGUUCAUCUUUUCCUCGAUCCUGACUAGUCUCCCAGUCGCUGCCGUUGAAAACAUCGCCACAGCAUGAUGCUGCCACCACCAUGCUUCACCGCAGGGAUGGUGCCAGGUUUCCUCCAGACGUGACGCUUGGCUUUCAGGCCAAAGAGUUCAAUCUUGGUUUAAUCAGACCAGAGAAUCUUGUUUUUCAUGGUCUGAGAAUCUUUAGGUGCCUUUUGGCAAACUCCAAGCGGGCUGUCAUGUGCCUUUUACUGAGGAGUGGCUUCCGUCUGGCCACUCUACCAUAAAGGCCUGAUUGGUGGAAUGCUGCAGAGAUGGUUGUCCUUUUGGAAGGUUCUCCCAUCUCCACAGAGGAACUCUAGAGCUCUGUCAGAGUGACCAUUGGGUUCUUGGUCACCUCCCUGACCAAGGCCCUUCUCCCCCGAUUGCUCAGUUUGACCAGGCGGCCAGCUCUAGGAAGAGUCUUGGUGGAUCCAAACUUCUUCCAUUUAAGAAUGAUGGAGGCCACUGUGUUAUUGGGGACCUUCAAUGCUGCAGAAAUGUAUUGGUACCCUUCCCCAGAUCUGUACCUCGACACAAUCCUGUCUCUGAGCUCUACGGACAAUUCCUUCGACCUCAUGGCUUGGUUUUUGCUCUAACAUGCACUGUCAACUGUGGGACCUUAUAUAGACAGGUGUGUGCCUUUCCAAAUCAUGUCCAAUCAAUUGAAUAUACCACAGGUGGACUCCAAUCAAGUUGUAGAAACAUCUCAAGGAUGAUCAAUGGAAACAGGAUGCACCUGAGCUCAAUUUCAAGUCUCAUAGCAAAGGGUAUGUAAAUAAGGUAUUUCUGUUUUUAUUUUUUUUAUAAAUUAGCAGAAAUUCCUAAAAACCUGUUUUCGCUUUGUCAUUAUGGGGUAUUGUGUGUAGAUUGCUGAUUUUUAUUUAAUCCAUUUUAGAAUAAGGCUGUAACGUAAUUUUUUUUGGGAAAAAGUCAAGGGGUCUGAAUACUUUCUGAAGGCACUGUAUGUGUAGAUAUGACAGCAGUCAAACAUUUUCAAUUAUAUCGUGCUUUUGUGCAUCUUCACGCAAUGGCAUCAGUUGGAUUUCAUUUAGCUGUUAUCCCUUGGCCUAACAGUCGGCACAAAUCUUUGUAACUUUCACUUGCUUGACACACCUUGACACACCUUGACACACCUUGAUACACCUUGUAUUGUACACACCGUGGUCCUCUGUAGCUCAGCUGGUAGAGCACGGCGCUUGUAACGCCAAAGUAGUGGGUUCGAUCCCCGGGACCACCCAUACACAAAAAAUGUAUGCACGCAUGACUGUAAGUCGCUUUGGAUAAAAGCGUCUGCUAAAUGGCAUAUUAUUUAUUAUUUAUUUACCUUGACACACCUUGACACACCUUGACACACCUUGACAUACCUUGACACACCUUGACACACCUUGACACACCUUGACAUACCUUGACACACCUUGACACACCUUGACAUACCUUGACACACCUUGACACACCUUGACACACAUUUGUCUGGUUGUAGUGCAUAAUAGUCUCCGGUUUUCUCUUUAUUGUGUCCUGUUGUCUUGUCAUUCUUCAGCACCAUGGUGGAAUACAACGGCUGGGUUGGUGCCUUAUUUUGCGCAGAGGGAGGGAGCUCCCGACUCACUUUGUUCAUGGUGCCGGCCAGACUUGUUUUCUUUGCAAGCAACUUGUUCUCUAAUGACAGUGAAGUAAAUAAAUUGUCCAUAGUGAUAUUUCUCCCCUUGCCAACGUAAGGUUCCACAAGCCUUAUCACCACAUUCUCCGACACUCGCUCACCUGCUGCACGAUGUGGACCUUUUCCCAGAUAUUAAAAGCCUUUCAGCAUUACUCUCGCUGUGUAGCCUACUCCAAGUAGGCCAGAGUAGACUGAUAAGACUGCUUUGAUUCAGUGAACUGAUAUAGGGUACAUACCAUGUUGAUAUUAGGCCUAUAAUUAGACUGGAUCAAUACUACAGAAUGUCCCGCCCUGUUCUUCAUUCACAUUAUUUCAUCUGUAGUUAAAUGUGUGAAAUUAGUUUCGGUAUAGGUUAGGUUCAGUUUCGAGGCAAAUCUCGGGGUGAUUAUCAGCUGCGCACUGCACUUUCAACUGUCUGAAGAAGGAGCGGAGCAGGCCCUACUGUUGGGAGAAGCAGGGGAGCAGGCCCUACUGUUGGGAGAAUGAGCGGAGCAGGCCCUACUGUUGGGAGAAGGAGCGGAGCAGGCCCUACUGUUGGGAGAAGCAGGGGAGCAGGCCCUACUGUUGGGAGAAGGAGCGGAGCAGGCCCUACUGUUGGGAGAAGGAGCGGAGCAGGCCCUACUGUUGGGAGAAGGAGCGAUGCAGGCCAUACUGUUGGGAGAAGGAGCGGAGCAGGCCCUACUGUUGGGAGAAGGAGCGAUGCAGGCCAUACUGUUGGGAGAAGGAGCGGAGCAGGCCCUACUGUUGGGAGAAGGAGGGGCAACGGGGGAGAAACCAUUCAAAUAAUGACAUGCCCUCUUAAAACUGGUUAUAACUCCAGUUCUGUUUGCGAUAUUACGAUUCUGACAACGGCAGUGUGUUAUAUAGACUUAUUUAGGCAUGACUUUCAAAAUGGCAGAGUAAUAACAUAAAAUAAAUCAUAAGCAGUCAAAAUGACUGCCUUAGCGGUUCUAGUUUUAAUGUGGGCAUCAAAUAAAGACUACAACCGUCCAUCCUAAGUAUCUCAGAGGUUUACUGUUACAGGAUAUCUGUUACAGGAUAUCUGUGGGCUAUUCAACUAAAAGGCCCAUUACAGCUUGCACUUGGGAAAGCUAAUGUGCAUUAAACCACCCCAUUUAGCAUGAUGUAGGCCUAUACAUUGUAGUGUUCUUCUCUGGACAGAAAUCAGCAGAGACUUGACUCAAGGUCAGUUGUUAUCAGAUGUUAUUAGUGUCCAGUCACUAUUUAGGAUUGCACCUUACGAUGUUCCUGAAUAUUCGCUAUGUCCACAUUAAAGUCACCUUAUACCUAAUUACCGUUGGAGUAGUAUAGAAGUACAUAGCGUUACACAUGACUUGUUUAACACGUUUUAAUAUUGGAUGGAUUCAGACAUAGACCACCACAGGUAGUAAUGUCCAGAGCUAACUGUCUCUCCCCCCUCCCUCUGUCCAGAUGGCUACCCCAGAGAGGAGAUAGUGUACAAGUGGAAGAGGAGCUCCGUGGAGGUGGGAGACAUCCGCUCCUGGAGGCUCUACCAGUUCUCCUUCGUUGGCCUGAGGAACACCAGCGAGAUCGUCAGGACCGUGUCG